AUGCUGCUGCCCCUGGCCUGCCUGCACGGCCGGGUGGCGCAGUGCCUCACCGCGCUCCUGGUGCUCGCAGAGCCGCCCCCGAGGCCCCGGCGCGGCGCGAGGGUGCACGGCGCGCCGCCCCCGCGCGCGGAGGCCGCCCUGCCCGCGAAGAUGGCCGCGGAGCUCUACGCGCCCGCCGGCGCCGCAGCCGCGGCCGCCACAGCCACGGACAUCGCCAACAGCAACGCCGCCGCCGCCGCCGCGGGCAGGAAGGGGCUGCCCAGCGCCCCGCUGCCCGCCCUGCCACCGCCCGCGCCCGCGCCGCCCGCACUCGACAACAACAACUUGGAGAGCCCCAACUGGCAGUCCUUCCACCCGACCCUGCGCGAGAGGAACGCGCUGAUGUUCAACAACGAGCUCAUGGCCGACGUGCACUUCGUCGUGGGGCCCCCGGGCGCGGCCCGGAGGGUGCCUGCCCACAAGUAUGUCUUGGCCGUGGGUAGCUCUGUCUUUUAUGCCAUGUUUUACGGGGACCUGGCAGAAGUCAAGUCAGAAAUCCACAUCCCUGACGUGGAACCUACAGCUUUUCUCAUCUUGUUAAAGUACAUGUACAGUGACGAGAUUGACCUGGAAGCUGACACGGUGCUGGCCACUCUGUAUGCCGCCAAGAAGUACAUUGUCCCCGCGUUAGCAAAAGCCUGUGUCAACUUCCUGGAGACAAGUCUGGAAGCCAAAAACGCCUGUGUGCUGCUGUCCCAGAGCCGGCUGUUUGAGGAGCCCGAGCUGACCCAGCGCUGCUGGGAGGUCAUCGAUGCUCAGGCUGAGAUGGCCCUGAGGUCCGAAGGCUUCUGUGAAAUUGACUGGCAGACGCUGGAGAUCAUCGUGAUGCGGGAGGCCCUCAACACCAAGGAGGCUGUGGUCUUCGAGGCAGUCCUGAGCUGGGCCGAGGCAGAGUGCAAGAGGCAGGGCCUGCCGGCCACCCCGCGCAACAAGAGGCAUGUUUUGGGGCCAGCCCUCUACCUGGUCCGAAUUCCAACCAUGACCCUGGAAGAGUUUGCCAACGGCGCCGCCCAGUCGGACAUCCUGACGCUGGAGGAGACGCACAACAUCUUCCUGUGGUACACAGCGGCCAACAAGCCCCUCCUCGAAUUCCCCCUGACCAAGAGGAAGGGCCUCGCCCCGCAGAGGUGCCACCGCUUCCAGUCCUCCGCCUAUCGCAGCAACCAGUGGCGCUACCGCGGCCGCUGCGACAGCAUCCAGUUUGCCGUGGACAGGAGAGUAUUUAUUGCGGGGCUGGGCUUGUACGGCUCUAGCUCUGGGAGAGCGGAGUACAGCGUGAAGAUUGAACUCAAGCGGCUGGGGGUGGUCCUGGCGCAGAACUUGACCACGUUCGUCUCCGACGGCUCCAGCAGCACCUUCUCGGUCUGGUUUGAACACCCCGUGCAGGUGGAGCAGGACACCUUCUACACCGCCAGCGCCGUCCUGGAUGGCAGCGAGCUCAGCUACUUUGGGCAGGAGGGCAUGACCGAGGUGCAGUGCGGGAAGGUGACCUUCCAGUUCCAGCAGCCCAUGACCUGCCACCUCAAAGGUUGCGCUCGCGGCGUGCCUCCUCUGCACGUAGUCGGCUGGAGCCUGAAGCUGUGA